CAGGCCAUCUCCCCAGGUGUCUGUGUAUAUAUAAGCUCACCAUGGUCAAAGCAUGCUGUAAGGGAUGAUAGGCUGCUGGGAGUUCUGUAUCAUACAGUACUCAGACUCCAUAGUGAUGGAAUCUAGACAUUCUCAAUAAUGGUGAAUUUGUGAAAACUGGUCAGGACUUUUGGAGGCUGCCUGGAUUUCUACUUAGCAGCCUAUGUGUAUAGUGUGUUUGUGCUAUAACUGCACGUUCUGGGAUUUCAAUAGAUCCGAGGAUCAUUACAUAAGGUUUCCGGAGUCCUGAGAUAUUUUGUUUACAGAUCGGGACAAAGAUGACAGUCACCAACAUGUAGACCACCAGAUGGAUGAGCAUAGUAAUGACCAUCGCCAUGGAAACAAAAGGAAACCAGUCGUCCACAAAUCUUCGAAGUCUGGAGCACACACUCAGUCAAGUGGUGUCCAUGGUUACAUUAGUCGACGGUCGUCUGAACCACAAUUGGCCACCAGAGGGAUCGACAUGCCAAGAGAGGGAAAAGAUAAGGUCAAGCCUUCGAACGAUCGUCUACAAAAUAGUCAGAAUCAUGCAGCAGGUGAGAGAGGGGACAAAGUCAGAAAAAAGCUUGACUCGCAUGAGGGGUCCGAUGAUUCCAGUAGGAGUAGCCGUGCAGACAGAUCUAAAAAGUAUGCAACCUGGGACAAAAACAUGCAGAAACGACGAGCAAAACUGCAGCAGCUACAACAGGAAGGGCAGACAACUGCAGAUGAUUCCUUCGUCAACAGAAAGGGGAGAGAACUCCCUGAAAGCUAUUACAAACUGUCAAGGAGUAUCUCCACAGAUUUGGCAACUCUGCGCAACAAGACUCAGAUGCUGCAGUCAGCCAGUGAAUACAAUACCAGCGCACACAUGCCCUCGGCACCAUAUAACCAAAUCACUUCUUCCCAAAGUCAAAAGACUUCAGAUAACAAUCACUGGCAGGCUUCGAAAAACAGUAACUCGUACAACUCGGCAGGGACACAGAAUACCUUCAAAGGGAACAUUCCUAAACAGCGGACCAUGUCUCUGGGUGACGUGCGACGGUCAGCGUUUUACCGUAUCAACUCCAAUAGUCCCUCCAUUCCUUCCUCGCCUUCAGAGCAAAAGGACACUUAUAUUGACAUUGACAGUCUCAUAGCUAAUGACAUCCAUGCCCGUCAGGCGGAAGAGGAUGACUUGUCCUUCCCGACGCUCGACGGAUACGGACGACAUGGGCUGACCCACAGCUUCCCCAGCGCCCCCUUCACAACACUGAAACACUUGAGUGAGAAAAGUAUAUGUUCCUCCUUGUUAGGGUUGAUCCUGUUUCUCAUCGCAGGCUUUGUGCUAUUUUUACCACUGGCGGCCAUAUUUGUAGUUAUAUGUCCUUUGUGUUUCUUAUUGAAAAAGUUAUUUUCAUGCUGUUGUUGCUAUGGAAACAAGUGCCAAUGUGGAACUCUCCUGUCACGGAAGGAGAGAGCAUGGGCAGAAAAUAUAGAAACAAGCAAUGUUGUUUACCAGUGUCUUGUAAUAGUUGAGUAUGGGCUUACUACGUAUAAAAUACGAGAGUUGGUGAGAAGUCGCCUCAUCAAGGCAACCGAUCAAAGCGGCAAUAGGCUAUAUCCAAAAUUUACCAGGAAAAUUGUACAAACUUUUUCUGGACCCACGUGGAUCCAGGAUGAAAGUUUCCUAAUCAAUAACCAUGUGUUCAAUAUGCCUUCCUCUAUAGAAAACAUGGAGGAUCUACAGGAAUAUGUAUCGGAGUCUAGUUCUAAACCCUUGUCUAUGCAUCACCCCUUGUGGGAGAUACAAGUUCUGACGGACUUUUCCGACCAGCGAGACACCAUUGUGUUAUUACGCAUACAUCCGUGUAUAGCCGAUGGAAUCUCGCUUGUUCAGCUUCUGUAUAAGGCAAUCGUGGACAUGGAAUCCAUCACCAUCGCCAUGCCAAAGUUCUCAAGUCGUCGACGAUUCUGUAAUGCCGUUCAGGCAUUCUUCAGCGGUCCGUUGGUGUUUUUUAAACAGUAUGUGUUCAAACAACAAGAUUUCAAUAUGUUGCAUGGUCAGCACAUCCACACAACAGGUAAGCAAGUGGUCGCCUGGUCGGAGCCAUACAGUCUUGAGCAGGCCACACGUAUAUCUCAGGUGACACGUUCCACCCUAAACGAUAUAUUUCUGUCAGUCACAGCUGGCUGUCUGCGUAACUAUCUACAGACAAACGGAAUUCCAAACCCGUACGAUAUGAAAGCCCUGGUACCCGUCCAUUAUCACUCGGGACCUUCACCGUUGCAUCUACACAACAACGACUGUCUCUUCAUUCCUGUCCCGAUUCCGUCAAACACAGAGGGCGCAAUACCUCGUCUCUGGCGAGUCAAACAUAUCAUGGACAAAAUAGGUAGUCUGGCUUUUUUCUCGGUCACACAAGGGGCCCUCUUGUUGUCUUCCACCAUAUUGCCUCAACGAUGGCUGUAUUCUUUGUGGCGUUCAUUGUAUAGUAAGUGUACAUGUAUCAUAUCGGACCUGCCAGGACCAGAGACAACGUUGAAAGUAGCCUCUAAACAAAUCAAAUCCGUUAUAUGCUGGAUGCCACCUAUCCAUCAGGUUGCUGUUGCGGUCUCGUUCUUUACCUAUGGUGACCAGGUGAGAAUGUCGGUGAUGGCUGACCGGUCAGUACUGCCCAACCCAGAGAUGUUAACCAAGGAUUUCAUUUCCAUUAUGAAUGACCUGUCCAGUUUACUGGCAAAUCGGAGAAUUCCCGGAGAACAGCUCUCCAAGAAAAUGGAAGUACACCAGUUGGACUGCGAGAUCCAUGCGGAGCCCACUGUUGAGCAGAUCCAGAUAAGAAUGACCAUCAUUCAACAGGAGAUUCAGGAACUCAAAGUCCAGCUGGAUCUUGAUGGUCGUUACUCCAGCUCCGAGACAAAGCUCCGGCGCAAGAUUGAGAACCUGAAGGAACAGUUCCGGGAGUUGUUGGUUGAGAUGCGCCAGAGAAAAGCCGCUGAAGAAGAGAACGCCAUGAUUCUCACCGACGAGGACCCUGAAAUCGAGGAUGAUGAAGAUAAUGACCUUCGACGACCUUUCCGGCGCCGGACACUUUCCAUCAGCUCCCGAAUGUCCCGAAUGUCUACAGUAUCCACGUCCUCCACAGCUCGGCCACUCGCCUCACCUUCGGUUGUCGUGGAUAUGUACAAUGAUUCAGAUACGUGGUCCCAGUCUUCCAGAAUGGAUGGUAUAAGCAUAGGAAUGACAGGUGGUCGGCAGACAUUGCCAAGACGUCCACAUCACAGAAAUGAAGAAUUUGAAAUUCUGGAGUAUGCCCAUUCACCUUCAAUGGAGAGGCGAAUAAGAACCGCAUAAAUUUGGAAUGCUCAAAUACAAGAGAGAUUUUGAAAACUUACCUCUGAAAAAUGAAAUAUUUACUUAUUAGGAAUACUUAAUAUAGUGAGUUUACACUUGUUGAACUGAGAGGAGUCAUUAUUUCCAUGUGUAAAAAACAGAUGUUUUUAAUCUGUGAGAUAUGAAGUUUAUAUUAUUGGUAGCAUGUUGAAGUAGAAAUAAGUGAAAAAGCAACAUGUGAAGUAGUGAAGUAGCAAUUUGUGAAAAAUCAACAUGUGAAAAUGCAACAUGUGAAAAAUUGACAUGUGAAAAAUCAACAUGUGAAGUGGCAACAUGUGAAGUAGCAACGUGAAAAUUCUCAUUUCAUGAUAUCAAAGUUCUAAGUUAUGUGUCUUGUUUAGGAGACUAAGGGACUAUGUUCUUCCUUAGUGAUGAAGCAAUUCGUGGAGUGAUGAAGCUAUUCAUGGAAUAUCCCUGUUGUGGCGAAUUAUCCCAGUACCAAAAUAUUUUAUUCCAUAAAUUCAUUGUUUGAACUUUCAAUGUGACACCAUGUGUAUGUUCUAUGCAGUUUUGGUAUCAGAAUGGUAAAAUAUUAUUUUAUCAAUGAUACUCUAUCCUCAGUGUGACAAUUAAGCAUUAGAUUUGUAACUAGUUUUAUUAAUAUGGUAUUAAGAAUUACUGGGUUCGUGUAUGAAGCUAUUAUGGACAAAAAUGGAAUGAAAUCAGAAACAGGCUUAUCUGAACAAUUAUAUUUUUAUAAGCUUACCUGGUCCAGGACCGGUGAGCUAAUGUCAUGGAUGCGAUGUCUGUUGUCCAUCAACUUUCCCAAAAAUCACUAUAAGUCAUGAACUCUUGAGUGGAUUUUAACCGAAUUUGGUCUGAAGCAUCCUUGGGUGAAAGGAAACCCAUUCUUUUUUGUAUAAACGGUUGGUCUGCCCUCCCGUAGGGGGUCUGGUAGGGGGGGCAGUAGGGGAAUGUAGCAAAUUCUUGUAAAUCCUUCUGUAGGAAUGAAAGGAUUUGGUCCAAAUUUGGUCUGAAGCAUCCUUGGGUGAAGGGAAACCAAUUUUUUGGCCCUUCAGGAACCUCAGGGGAGGGGUUCAAUAGGGGAAAUAUAACACUUUUGAGUUAAAUUUUGUGUGGAUGUUUAUUGUUUUAUACAUGGAGGAGGAUGGGACUCCCCUGGGGCAGAGGGGCGGGGCUAAAAAUAUGAAGUCAAUUGGUUAUUAAUGCUGUGUGUUUUUCAACUGAUUUCCUUUGAGUCUUCUUCUGAACCAGAAAGUUAAAUGUCAGUUGAAGGGAAGUGUUGACUACAGAUCCCAAAAUGGGAAGGAAAGUUUUUUUUUUAAAUUUAAAAAAAAAAUCAAUCUUUGCCAUUAUCAGGUGAGCAAUGCAGGCCCCAUCAGCCUCUUGUUCUUUUUUAAUGUAUUUUAAAUCACAGACUCAGACAUUUUUUCUCAGAAUUUUUCACCACAAGAAAGUUAUGUUUAUGAAAUCAAAUUCAUUUUUUGUUUCAUUGAUAGUUAUUUUCCUGAAUAAAUAUGAGGUGCUAUCAAAAUUUUUUUUUUAUUUUUUUUAUUUUUGGGAAUGAGCUUAGUCAACAAUGAUUCAUAAUAGAACAAAUCUGAACCAUGAUUGACAGAUACUAAACACAUAUACAGGCAUUAGGUAGUGCAAGAGAUUGUUUUUUAACUUUCACAGCAAUUUUCUUCUCAUCAGCAAGAUGAAUAAUGUAUCUACCAUUUUUUAUUUUUUUAUUAUUUUUUUUAUGUGUAAAAUGUCAGUUUAAGCAAUAACAUGAACCAGUGUGUCUGGUUUGAAAAAAAAAUGAAUGCAUUUGAAGGGAGAUAACUCCAAACAGUAUAUUCUUGUAAAAAGACUUGAAUUGAACUGGGGAAAUGUCUUUAUAUUAUAUCAAACCAGAUAUACUUCUUUCAGUGUAAAAUGUCCAUAUAGCAGAGAGUCAGAUUUUCUUGUAAAUACCUAUGAAAAUGGUUUAGACAACCAGGCUUCAAUUUCCUUAAUAUUCAUGAACUUAAGGAAAUUCCUUUUCUGGAAGUUUUCCAUAGGAAAUUGUAAGUUAAGGAAUCCUUUAGUAAAACCAGAAUUGUAUUCUAGGUUCACACGAAUAGCAUUUCUCUGUACAGAGCUCAGUGGAUUUGUCAAAAGCUACCAAUCAAUUCUACGUUCUUCCAUGAACAAAUCCAUGGCUGUAGGUGUUGAUACACCAACGGAGGUAUUUAUCACCGAUUUGUACUAUAAAGCCAUCAUAUAUUUAUAAAAAGCGUGCAAAAAUAUAUGUUAUUUAUAUAUAUAUAUAUAGUGAUACAUAUAUCUAUCUUGUAAAAAAUUGUGUUGAAAUUUACCAUAGAUGUUUGGUAUAUAGAAUUACGUGUGUAAAACAAUUGAAUGUGUGGUAAACUUUCGUGUGAUGUAUUAACUUAUAAAUAUAUAUUUAUAUAUAUUGACCCAUAUACCUUUGACCUUUAAGCUGGCCUCAAAGUCAAGGAUCAUGAGUAAGAGUGGUGUCCAAUACCUGUGCCAUAUACACAGAUUUGUCAUAUUCUUUAUUGUGUACAGUACCUUAAUAAACCCUUGAUAAGGUGAUGUCAAACGGCAUUACAAUCAUAUGACGUCACCUGGGGUGUAGAAAUUUAGAUUUACUUCCCUUAGUAUUUAAAAUGACAUUCAGAAUUAGGAAUUGAAUAAUUUACUAAGAUUCAACAUAAAAAAAAAAAAAAAAUCAACAGUACAAAUUCAACUGGUGGAGAAGUUUCAAUUGGUAAUACUGUUUUCAUUAAAUGUGACAUUGAAAUAAAUUUUGACUUUUGUGUCAGUAUGACAGGAAUUUAUGAUCAAUCACAGGAACUUGGCACAAAUUUCCAACCCACAGUCUAUUAUAAUCUAUUAUAUAUAUAACAAGUGAAUUGUGGGUAAUUGGUAUAAGUGUCAAGUCCCUGCGAUUGAUAUUUACAUUUUCACUUUGCACUUAUGUAAUACUGUGUCCACUGAAUUUGCAGGCUGGUGGUGGGAAUUUUUAAAUUGGUUAACAUAAAUAUAAGGAUUGAUUGUCAUUUUUUUUUUUUUUUUUUUGCUUGCAUGAGCUGAUGAAGGGAAGUUGACCUUGUGAAAAUGAAGUGAACUGCAAAGCAUAUACCACAUUUGCAUGAAGGUUACUUCCCUUCCAUGCAAACUUGACACUCAAUCCUUGAUCAACAAAGCGACUCUGAAAUUCAUACUUUGGUAGUUAUAAUCAUGUUGUCUGUCUGUCCGUCAGCCCUUUCUUCUCCAGAGAUUAUCCUAGAAUCAAAGAAAGGCUAAACUUUUUGAAACUUUAAGACGAUGUUAAACUUUGAUGUGAGGAUUUUCAAUUGGGCUUUAAAAAGUUCCUAGAGGUCAAGGUCAAUGUUAAGGUCAAGGUAGCUGAAAAUAGAACAGGGAAAAAAUGUGUCAUCUAAGGCUUCUUCAGAGGUUCAAACUUUCUGAAAUGCAGUUGAACAGUUGAGGUGAAGAUAGUUCAUAAGGUCGAGGUUGUUUUAAGGGUCAAAGGUCACUCUUGACCAUUUGUGAAAUAAAAAAAAAAAUGUGUACAAGAUACCACAUGAUCCCCCUCAGUCAGUUUAGUUCACCACAGUUUCUUAAUAUGAAAAUAAUGUAUGAGAUACACAUAUAUAUUUAUGGCAGAGUGGGAAUUAGUGUGGAUCUAGGGUAUAAGUCAGCCAUCUUAGUGACUGUUCUGGUUAUAUUUGGUGCUUACAAGAGUGUGGUCAGCAUUUCGUCUGUAUUUGUACCAAAUCUUAGUAGAUAUCAUCACUUCGUUUGACUUCCUUCUUAUGGCAUUAUUUUUUUCAUUCGUGGCAUACUUUGAAAACUUUGUCACAUAGGUUUGACCCUGUCAUUGCUCUUGAACAGGAACAGUUGUAUGGGAUUCAUAUAAAGCUCCAGACAAGCUACAGCUUUUACUUCCAUUAUUUUCUGAUAUUCAUUAAAAUUGACAGAAAUAGUCAUUCUUACACUUGUUUGUUUGUUGGGUUUAAUGCCCUGUGAACAACCAGGGUCAUUUUGAGGCGGGGUCUCAUUGUAGUAGUUGGUGGCUACCUCACUGAACAACAUACGGAAGGCCCAUCACAUACCAUCCAGAGCAAUUAAGGUAGAGUGUCUUGCCCAAGGACACAACCAUGACCACACAGACCGGCCGUUUUCUCAGCUUCCCGAGUAACACAUGCAACUACCACAGGUAGGGAGCGACGAACAACACACCUCAGAUCUUCACCUGAGGUUACAUGGCCGGCGCUCUAACCUACUGAGCUAUCUCAGACCCCUUGUUUCUUCUUGUGCACCAGAACCCAAGAUAAUUGUUUACUCUAGGUCUAUUUUUCAUUACAAUGAUAUUUUUUUAGGGGGCGCGAUGUCUCCUUUACAUGUAUCAUAUUGAUAUAUAAACUAGAUAUGACAGAUUUCAGUUAUUGAUCCAGUAUCAAUUAAUGGUCGAUAUCUUAAUCUCCAAUCAGUGGAUAUUUGAUCAUCAAAUUCAUGAAAUUUUGUAUAAGUGUUUUAGUGGCAUGUUACUAAGGUACAAAGAAAACAAAAUCUCUCCACCCAUACAUGCAGGCAUGCAUAUUAAGACAAUACGAGCCCUCUAUACCUCAUGUGUUAGAAUUGCAUAGAUUAUUCUUGAGUCUUUCAGCCUCUGCUCCAGCUGUGCAAUAUCAUGGAUUUUUCAUCUGCAUUGAUUUUGAAAAAAAAAAAAAAAAAAAAAAAUCCUUCCGUGUUUGUUGGUGUCUCUAUUUUCCAUAUUAAUGUGCAUCUUUGCUGGAGAAAAAGUUAAUGUUGAAUGCAAACAUAAUAUUUAAUAGAAAAAUUCAGCUUCAUCAACAAAGAUGUGUAAUGUACAUUUUUGCAUGAUGUCACCAUUCAUCAUCAGUGUGUACAGCCAUGGCAUAUACAUUUUUGUACAUCAUAAAACUUGUAUUACACAGUUGUGUGGUAUAAAAUUGUCUAUUCACAUCUACAUACAAGUGUGACUCUAUAUUACAUACAGGUGUGAGUCACUAUACUACAUACAGGUGCGAGUCACUAUAUAUACUACAUACAGGUGUGAGUCACUUUAUAUACUACAUACCGGUGUGAGUCACUACUACAUACAGGUGUAAGUCACUAUAUUACAUACAGGUAAAUAUGUACCCAGUAUACAUACAGGUAAAUAUGUACCCAGUUUACAUACAAAUGUAGAAUACAAGUAAUGUAGCUAUUUACAGAUUCACAUUCAUACAUGUAUAUGAAUUUGUUUGGAUGUACUACAUACAUGUGAUCGAUGCAUUAAGAUAGGGAUUGUAUGCCAGUGCCAACCUUUAAGUAACAGCAUUACACUAUAGGUUUAUAAGAGCUAGAAUCUUUCACCUGUUGUAUGUUUAAUAAAUCAGUUUUACCCCAAA